AUGGAAACCUUAAAGAGCAUAUUUAAGAACAUGGUGUCGGUAAAGAUCAGGGAAUAUGUGAAGGACUACUGCAAGAGGAAUGGCCUGUUGACUCUCUCCGUCUUUGCAGUGGUUACAGGCUGUGUGCUCGGGUUCCUCCUCAGGUCACUCAACCUGUCCACACAGGCCAAGAUCUACUUCUCCUUUCCGGGAGAGCUGCUGAUGAGGAUGUUAAAGAUGUUGAUUCUGCCUCUCAUCACCUCCAGUCUAAUGUCCGGCCUGUCUGCCAUGGACACUAAGGCUAGCGGACGGCUAGGUGUACUGACCAUCACCUACUACCUGUGGACCACCUUCAUCGCUGUUAUCGUCGGCAUUGUGCUGGUGUUGGUGAUUCACCCAGGAACAGGAUCAGAGAAAGAGGGGCACCACUUGGGUUCAGGGCCGGUCAUGACUUCUGCUGAUGCUCUGCUGGACCUGAUAAGGAAUAUGAUUCCAUCCAAUCUCAUCGAAGCAACUUUUCAACAAUACCGAACAGACCUGGUGCCCAUUGUGCAGAACUCAGACGUCAAAGAGUCUCAAGCGAACUAUGUGUAUGUAAUGCCCGACUACCAUAACCCUCAGCUGGGCCACCCUGUGUUCCUGGAGAUCACUCCAGCUCCAGACAUCAAGUAUAAAAUCGUCCCCGGUAACAGCAAGGGCAUGAAUGUACUGGGCAUCGUCAUCUUCUCAGCGACUAUGGGUCUGCUGCUAGGAAAGAUGGGAGAGCGAGGGGCACCGCUGGUCAACGUGUGUCAGUGCAUCAAUGAGUGCGUCAUGAAGAUAAUUAACGCGGCUAUGUGGUAUUUCCCCUUUGGCAUUGUGUUCCUGGUGGCAGGAAAGAUUCUGGACAUGCAUGACCCGGCCCACCUGGGGGAGAAGCUGGGAAUGUACUUCAUCACGGUGCUGGCGGGUCUGUUUGUGCACGGCCUUAUCCUCCUACCACUCUUCUUCUUCGUCAUCACACGUAAAAACCCCUUCCCCUACAUAAGAGGCCUACUGCAAGCUCUGGUCAUCGCUUUAGCCACUUCAUCCAGCUCAGCUACUCUUCCUAUUACCAUGAAGUGUCUGUUGGAGAACUGCGGAGUAGACAGGCAGAUUGCUCGUUUUGUGCUGCCGGUGGGAGCAACUAUUAACAUGGAUGGCACAGCCUUGUAUGAGGCCGUGGCUGCCAUCUUUAUUGCUCAGGUCAACGAGUACGAGCUUGAUUUUGGACAGCUUGUCACCAUCAGUAUUACAGCAACAGCAGCCAGCAUCGGUGCCGCUGGGAUUCCGCAAGCCGGUCUGGUUACCAUGGUGAUUGUCCUGACCUCAGUGGGGUUGCCGCCGGCUGAUAUCACGCUGAUUGUGGCGAUAGAUUGGGUCCUUGAUCGCUUCCGUACGAUGAUCAAUGUUCUCGGGGAUGCCCUGGCUGCGGGGAUUAUGGCCCACCUUUGUAAGAAGGACUUUGAGAAGGCGGCAGCUGCUGCUGCUGCUGCUAGUACCAACAAUGGCGGUGGCCCCAAAAGGAGAGACACCGUAAUCUCCUUUGGUAAUCAGAGCAUGGCACUAUCCGAGGCGCCCCUGAUAGCCCACCGCUGCGACUAUGUGUUUGAGGUGGACGGAGACAAUGUAACGGAGAGACCCGUGGCCUGCUACAACCUCUGCCAGGUCUGA